AUGGUGGGCGUGCUGGAGGCUGGCUGCCUGGUACUUGCUAGUCACGGUAGUCUGCCUUCACCUGGCACGUUGGCACUGUGUCCUGUCCAUUGUAGUCAGAAGGUGUUGAGUGAUGGUGUUAGCGAUGGAAUGUUGACGACGGAGGAGCUCCAGCAGGUGUUUGGUGAGAGAGACACAGUGCCAAAUUAUAGUGUAUUUACACCUCUGGUCGUUGGUAGUGUGGAGAAGGGAGGACGCCGCACUCGCUCCACCACAAGCACCUUCCUUCAAUUUAACGCUCUCGGUCGUGCUUUUAAUUUCAGAUUACAGCCCAACAGCGACCUAUUAUCGCCCUAUUUUGUAAUCAUUGGUCGUCAUGGAGACAGGGCGGACAUCCGGGAUGUGGACAGGGAUCAACUAGACUGUUACUAUCAAGGGGUGGACCAGGCUCAGGGCUCCUACAACACCUCUAUCGCAGUAGAGCUCUGCGGCCCAGUUCGUGGUGUCAUCUCCAGCCCGACGGCGGAGUACGUGAUCGAGCCUCUACCUCAGGUUGUACGGAGAAGGCGACGGACCACCGUCCGUGGAGAUCUCACAUCCCACACCCACAUCCUGUACACCAAGCAGGACAACACAGGAGACACCGUGGAGGCCACAGGAUUGUCCCGGAGGCGGCGGUCCUUCCUGCCGACAUUGCAGCAGCAGCAGCAGGAGACACGAGCUCUGCUGGGGUUGCGUCAGGAGCGUCAGUCCUACUACGAUAGCUACGAACACGUUGUAGACUCACGUAUACGAUCUGAGUGGGGCGAGGGAGGAGGUGGUGGUGGUGGCAACAACGAUUUCUACGAUGAGCGCAGCAUCAGUGACGACGGGAAGGUGCGACGAGGUGAGGACCUGUACAUAGAAACGGCAGUGUUUGUGGACAGGGAUCUUUACCGUCACAUGGAAGACAACUUCCCCACUGACACAGAAGAUCAGGUCCUGAGAGUCGUCCUCGCCAUGGUCAACGCGGUUCAGCUCCUCUAUAACGACGACUCUCUGGGUCAUCGCGUCAAAUUCGUGUUGAAGCGCCUGGAGGUACUCUACGGUGACCCGCCCUCCCUCCACCGCCCUAACGAUAUUGACAACUUCCUGACCAGCUUCUGUGCCUGGCAGCGUCAGGAAAACCCUCCCGAAGAUACCCACGAGCUGCAUUGGGACCACGCCCUCAUCCUGACGGGGCUGGAUGUGUACACCCUUACCUCCAGUGGCAGACUCAACUCCCAGGUUGUCGGCCUGGCACCUGUGGCUGGCAUGUGCACACGCUCCAGCUCCUGCACCGUCAACGAGGGUCGCCACUUUGAGUCUGUCUACGUCAUGGCUCACGAGAUCGGCCACAACCUGGGAAUGCGACACGAUGGGCUGCAGGCUGGCAACAACUGUGACCCCGGCAGGUACCUCAUGUCCCCUACCUUGGGAUCAGGCAAGAUCACUUGGUCCCCCUGCUCCCGGCGGUACCUGGAUGACUUCCUCAGGUCGCAGCAAGCGUCGUGUCUGCGGGAUGUGUCAGCCCCUGACAGUCAGCAGAUGAACCACGAAGCUCACUCUCCCCCUGGGCAGCGCUUCUCAGCAGACCAGCAGUGUAUGCUGAAACACGGGGUGGGGAGUCACCAUGCAGACUCUCAACCUCUGGAGGAUAUCUGCCAGGACCUACACUGUCGUAGAGAUCACUACACCUGGACCUCCCACCCUGCCCUGGAGGGUACCUCCUGCGGUCAUCGCAAGUGGUGCCAGCGUGGUAGAUGUACGGAAAACGCCAAGGCUCCAGCUCUCGUCCCCUCGUCAUUGGUGUCCGGGUCGGGUGAAGGGUCGUCUGCAGGAGUGGGUGGCAAGUGGGGUGUGUGGUCUGAGUGCCGCUCUGCCUGUCUCUACGGUGACGACGGUGUCCUGUCUUCCGGCAGCUCUGGUCUCUCCCUGUCUGAGAGACGUUGUGGUUCAAGGUCGUGUCGCGGAGAGUACCGGUACCGGCUGUGUUCUGAGGUGCAGGAGUGCAGUAAAGGGCAGCGCAGGACCCUGCAGGACUUCGCUGACGACACCUGCAGGAUUCGAGCCAAGAAUUCCGCAUACCUAACGGGGCUAGGGGCCAAAGUGCCUCCAGAAGGGUUGACUCAGUGUGAGGUUGAAUGUGAGACCACAGGACGAGGAGUGGAGGCGUCAGGCAAGAGCUUUCCUGACGGCACAGUGUGUCAGUCAGCCUCCUCCCUCCCUGCUUUCUGCGUCGCUGCUGUCUGCACUGUAAGUUCCUCUUUACUAACACGCAAUAUACUGUUUAUGGCAUUUAUUAAGACGUUUCGUCCACCAGGGUUUGAUAAAAUCUCUGAGGAUACUUUGUCUCCUGCCUCUCUUACACUCUUUCCUUUCUUCCUUUCUUCCACUUUCUUUCUUUCAACCCAGCUUGUCUCGUCUCUGUCUCUCUCUUCCGCUAACAUACUAUCUUCUCCCUAUUCCCUCGUCUCUCACUCUUGCAGCUGUCUGACGCCUGCGAAGGGCAUCCAGUUGGUGAGCCGGAAGUGCCAGAGCUGGGGAUGUACCGGAGUUAACAAGAACAUUCAAAUCUGCAGUCCAGCCACUCAGGACUGUCAUCGCUUGAAGUCAACUUUUGAGUACGCAAGUGAAGUGUGUGGCCGCUUUAAGACGGAGGUGGACCAGCUGUCUGGAGUGGGCAUGCAGCUGGCCAGUACUAAAGAGGACCCGGACAGGUCGUGCACGGUGGCGUGCCAGGACUCUGUACUCAACUACCGGUUUUAUCGCGUUAACGGGCGGGAGGGAUGGUUCCCUUUCGGUACUGAUUGUUCCAGAGGGAGUCACGUUAACACACCCUCCUCCUCCACCGCCUCCUACUGCCUCAACGGCAAGUGUCUGGACUUCUCGAGUGAAGGAACACCGCUGAGGAACACCAUCUACACAGAAUACGAGAGGUCCCGGUCCCUGGAGCUGGAGCCCAUCAUCGAAAGGGACUUCCCCAGGGAAGCUCGACCCAUGUCCACCCGCGGGUGGCACUCCUGGGGGGGUCGACGGCGACGGGAAUUGAUCUCUUCCUCCUCCAAGAUGCAAAGACGGGACGUGAGCCCUUCUUCUCAUCCCAUCUCCAGCACCGUCAGUGAUCACCUCCUUCUCUACCUCGUCGAACAGAUCAACUCCUCUAUGACGUCGGAGGAGGUAACAUCAGAGAGAAACCUCCCAGGUUCCUCUAUAGACUUCAAGAACCCGCUGUUCGUGGAUCAAGUCCCUGUUGUUUCUGCUACUCCAACUGCUUCUGCUGGUGGAGGGGAGCACCUCACCGUCACCCUGAAGCCCAAAUCCUUCACACUGACGCCCAUUCUCCCUCGUCUUGCUACCAAUAACCCCUCGUCUUCGUUCUUCUUCGAACAGCAGCAGGAGGAGGGGGAGGAAGAGGAGGAAGAGGAGAAAGAGGUAGUGGUGACUGGUGAUAGCGAGACCAGAGAUUACCGGUGGCUUGUCUACGUAUCUCCCUGUUCAGUGACCUGUGGUACUGGCUUGAAGGAGGUGGUGUUGCUGUGUGUUCCGGCCGGAAGUGAGACACAGGAGGCUGUGGAGGCGUCACUGUGUGUACGGGACCAGCAACCUCCAGUCACACAAGGCUUCAGCAAGUGUCACACGACACGUGUGUGUCCCACACCCUCCACACACACACCUGUAAACCAAACCACUGUCCUUGGCUGGUGGCUCUUCGGGCUGCUGAAUAACAUCCGUCAGGGUGGUAGGACUAGUUCCAAUAGUAGCGGUACUUAUACCAGUAAUAGUAGCAAUAAUAGUAGUAGUUACAGUAGAAAUAGUGGUAUGUUUGGUAGUAGUGAAGACGGUAACUCCUAGUUUUGGUUGGUGUUUACGUGCGUUUGUGGACAUUUUGACGAGGUUGCCUUGCGUCGCUACGCUAGUGUUUUGGUCAUUUCUGAAAGUGGAACUAGC